UCAGAAUUAUAGUUUAACCUGCAGAAUUUUAAGCAAAAUGGCGACACUGUAAUGGAUGGAGGACGAAAAACGUACAGUGUCAAGUGUAAUGACAAACUUGCUAAUUGUUAUUGUUUCCUGCAUUGGGAAGAAACAGAUUCCUGCAGUAGCCUACUUUAAAGGCAAUGGGAUCUUUGCACUUUGAAGGUGGGUUUUCAGAAGACCGUAGAGUGGAACCAAUGGUUUGGAACAGAUUGAACAUACUGGGGAGAUGGCUGAUAUAAAGCCAAAUGCACAAGAGGACAAAGAAGGAGAUGUGGUGGAACCAUUGUGUAAUAGCUCCGUUGCCACUCAGGAGCCAUUACAGCGUCACACAUCCUCCCUUAAGAACAAUGCUGCAAGGUUGUCAGAGCAGCUGUCCUCUGACAGACUCCCAAACCCUUUAAAUGGAGCACAGCCCAGUCCAAUUGUACCCAGCAGUGUCCCUGCUGUUCCCCACACAGCCCAAGCAGCCCAUUCACUACCUUUUGUAGCACUUGUUAAUGGACCUGCUUCACACCCUAACUCAGAGGAGAGCUGUGGCCUGAACAAAGACAGCACAACGCCCAACAAUGUCCUGGUGGAGCCCCAGGACACCCAACUAUGGCAAGCAGGGAGGGACACAAGCCCUCAGGUGUUACCGCCACCCAGUGAGCUUCAAUCAGACGCCCUGAAGAACCCAGCAGGGCCAGGGCCUGUUCUGAAAACAUUAGCCACCACGCAGCCAGAGGCCAACAACACGUCACCAUCUGACUCUGGGGAGAGUGAGGCUGAACUUCCCUACCAGGCCCGUGACACCACCUUGUCAGACCACAGUCCACAGCCUCACCAAACGCCAAUUAACCAAAUAUGGACGGCUGAGGGAGUCAAGGCUAGAGCUAGAUCUAUAUGGGACUUACACACCACAGAGUCCUCUGAGAGCUCGUCGGACGGUUCUGACGGGGCUGACUCACUACACUGGGAUUCUCAGAAAGAGCUUAUACGGGUGUUGUGGAACAAUCGUAACGUUGACAACAGCUUACAGGAAAACACUGCGGGAGUGGGAGUGAUGCCUCAGCUUGCCAGCCAAAGACAGAGGAAGCGUAAAAUACACCUGGUGGGUACGUCAGGCUCUCCUGAACAAGUUUACAACAGCAGCUCAAAUCACACCUACAAAAAGUGGCAUAUUGAAGAGGAGGAAGAUGAUGACGAGGAUUUUGACAUCGCCAACGUAAAUGAUGAGGAUUUCCCUUGUAAAAAGGCUGAUGUACAAUCUUCUGUGAAUUCAUGUCAAGAGCAUCCCAGUGACAGUCCUGUAAUCAUCAAGAAACUGAUUAUAAGAGCAGAUUGCCACGAAGACAAUCACUCCGACUCCCUCUUUAGUAGAAAACCCAAGCAGCUAAAGACAGAGCAAUCCGAACAAGAACCAUCGUUCUUCCCAUGCACAAAGUGCAAUGUUAAUUUCAAGGAGAAAAGGCAUUUGCAUAGACAUAUGAUGUAUCAUUUAGAUGGGCAUAAUCAUCAGAUACGCCACCACGAGAACGUUCCAAGGCCUUUUAUAUGCAAGGAGUGUGGGCGUUCGUUCCGCGAUCGCAACUCCCUCCUCAAGCACAUGAUUAUCCACCAGGAGAGACGGGAGAAACUUAUGGAGGAGAUACAGGGACUCAACAAACUCCGAGACGAAGGCAGGAACGCCAAGCUGCAGUGCCCGCAGUGUGUGUUCGGGACCAACUGCCCCAAGACGUUCGUCCAGCACGCCAAGACACAUGAGAAGGACAAACGUUAUUACUGUUGCGAGGAGUGCAACCACAUGGCCCUGACAGAACGGGAGCUUGAAGCACACCUGUACGCGGUGCAUUGUGACACACUGCAGUACAAGUACAAGAACAUGAUCAAAGAUGAGGAGUCAGAGUUUCCUACAAAUAACAAUGAAGAUAAUGAAUCAAGAUCUGUUGUGUUUCACUGUAAAGUGUGCCCUUUCAGCACCCAGAAUCAAAAUGACCUGAAGAGCCAUUGUGACCUAAUACACCAGUUUUGUGAAGAUGAAUGUGAAAGUCCACCGUUUAACAAAGCAUCUGACCAUCAAGAUCAAUAUAGGCUAGCUGGCCCGUCCAAAAAAGCAGAUUUAAAACUCCUACAGCUGAAGCAAAAGUUCUGUAUUAAAAAGCCUGCUUUCUGGAAAAGAGCAGAUUUGCCCUUUUGGUCUAGUAGUGUAGCUGACUUUUACACGAGAAACAAAGCAGACGCACAGAAGUAUUAUAAAGAUCUUACUGCCUCACAGUUUAAAUGUAGUCUUGGCAGCUCAACAAAACAGCUGUCACCAUCUAUGUGGAGGAGCGACAAGCCAAACAAAUUAUCUCCCAAACCAACAGAGAAAAUAGACGUGACAACAGGUCUCCCUUAUGUUGAGGAAGACAAUCAACAAUACGACCAUGUCAUUUCAGGAAUCUCAGAAAGGACAAAAUAUCCCUCAAAUGUUGAUGUGUUGGUUACAUCCAAGAUGGCUAAAAUAGGCCAGAUGCUAAAUCAUAGCUAUGACUCUGACAAGAGUCAGGGAGAUAGCAACGACUUGACCUGCAGGAAGUCAGAGUCCCAAGCUGUUACCCGAAAGUCUCCAUCCAAACGAAAAAUGUCCACACCAUUCCGCAACACUGUGGACAAGGUGGUUGAUAAUGUUUUUCCAAAACUGAACCCAAAGUUAAGAGAGACUACCACUCCUGAAGACACAGAAGAUGAUGAUUAUGAGGAUACGUAUGACUUUAGUGCCUACACCAGCGAGGCUACAGCCAAUUUCCUGGAUAGUAGUGAGAAUGAGAGGAAUCCCUAUGCCCGUAGCUACUUCAUACGCAGACAGAGGGGCUCUUUUGUUAAAGAAGAUCCUGCACCUGCCGCUGAUGUCGGACAUUUUGAAAAGAACGCUACUCAGGCUGACCACCAUUUUGAAAAGACUGAAGUCAAGGAGGGGGAGUAUGACAGCGAUGACAUACAGAAGCUUAUCAUCAAAGAGGAGUGUAUAGAAAGCUCAGUGUGUGACGAUUCUCCGGAGUCACCCACCACCACCAAAACACACAACCAAAGUCUCUCCUAUGAGUAUGACGUCUCCCCUCCAUGUGGGUCAGAAAGAAAGUCCUGCCCCUAUUGUCCUGCUGUGUUUGAGUCGGGGGUGGGCUUGUCCAAUCACGUGCGAGGGCACCUGCACAGGGUGGGGCUGAGUUAUGAUGCUCGCCACGUGGUGUCACCUGAGCAGGUAGCUUCACAGGACCGACAGCCACGCAUACGCAGGAAGAUCCCCUCUGUGGCACGGAGGAUCAAAAAAGCUGAGAAGCCGGAGUCUCAGGCGGAGCACACCUGUCCCUUGUGCUGUGGCUGGUUUGACACCAACACGGGCCUCUCCAAUCAUGUGAGGGGACAUCUAAAGCGGAUAGGGAAGACCAGCACCACCAGCACCAGUAAGAGUCCAGUGUGUAUCCUUAACGAGCUGCUACAGGAUGAGCAGGAACACCAGAACAUCCUCCAGACCCUCAACAGGAAGCAGUUCCUCUCUCGACCAAUCAUCUCCCAGAAGUUCAUCGGGAGUGAUGGGCUCUUCCUGACACCCACAGGGUUCCCUGUGAAGAUCCAACAUGGCUGCCAGCCAGGCCAGGAUGGCAAUUCCACUUCAUGGGGGCCCAGUGCAACUACACCCAGGCAGGAGGAAGUUAAGGGAGAGGAGUUAUUUUCUGAAAGGAAGAGUAUAGAGAUACGAGGGGUCAGGGAACCUUCCCAGGGCACUUUAGUAGAGCUGCUGAGGAAGAAGAAGUUGGACAUGGAGCAGGGGCAGCUGAGGGAUAACAGCAGAUCGUAUGUAGCAGAUAGGAAUCACUUUACUGUGACCAAAGAGAGGUUUGAGGAGAGACAGAACCAACAGGCCAGCAAUCUGGAACCACACUGGGCCCAAGAGAGAAAUGAAUCUAAUAAGAAGAUGUGCAUUCACUGUAACACAACCUUCCCCAGUGCUGUUAGCUUGUCCAAUCAUCUUCGCGCUUACGCACGCAGGAAGAGGAUCGCCAUGAUGGAAGGAACAACCUAUUCCUGUAUACAGAAGAAGCCUAGGUUGAGGGCUGGACCAAAGAAGAAACUAUUCUCAGCUCUCCCACCUGCUGUUGAGGAGAUGUACAGACUCACCUGCAGAUUCUGUGACCUGGUCUUCCAGGGUCCUCUGUCCGUCCAGGAGGAUUGGAUCAAGCACUUACAAAGACACCUCAUGCACACCAGUGUCCCUCAUACAGGGGCUGGCAUGGUAGAGGUCCUGGGACUACACAAAGAGAUGUCCUCCUUCCCCCCCCAGCAGCACCCCUGUCUGGAGCACCCAAUGUCCAAAUUGCACACCACAGCCCACGAGCCACUGGAGCACCAUGGGCACCCCUGCUUGGAACACCCCGAAACCCACGAGCACCCUGAGCCACAUGAUGAGCACCCCUUGCAUUAUGCAUAUCCCUCAUCCAAUGAGCACCCCAGCCUGGAGCAGCACAUGGCCACGCCCCCUCCGGAGCUUCUUCCAGUGGCUUCCUGAGCUAAAGGGUUGUUUACAACAUUUUCACUUUAGAUCUUUAUCCUGCACAUGUAAAUAUGGAUAGAUACAUAGAAAUAUAUAGAGAUAAAUACAAAUAUUCUAAAGCUAUACAUAUGUUUUCCUAAUAUGCACAUGGACCUACUAGCCCUUCUCUCUAUUUUUUAAGACUGGUAUCUAUACUAUACUGUAGAUGAUAAAUCUUGUUACUUAGACGUACAGAAAAGUUACAGAAUUUACAGUUACAGAGAACUCGACUUGAGAUGCAAAAAGGCCAACAACAUUCGCUGAAGCUAGAACAGCUGUCAGUUCAGAACCUUUUAUCUCAUUUUUUUUACCUAAUGUAUGCAGUGCAGUUACCUCUUCUACAUUUAAGUGAAGUUUUACUUACAGAUAAUCUUGCCAUAUUGCAACAUGGACGCAUGUUAAAUGUGUCUUCUUGUUUCCUUCUUUACACUGUUUAGCAGUCAGUCAGAACUUUGAACCCAAUACCAAUGGGGCGGCAGGUAGCCUAGUGGUUGGACCGUUGGGCCAGUAACCGAAAGGUUGCUAGAUUGAAUCCCUGAGCUGACAAUGUAGAAAUCUGUCGUUCUGCCCCUGAACAAGGCAGUUAACCCAAUGUUCCUAGUCAGUCAUUGUAAAUAAGAAUUUGUUCUUAACUGACUUGCCUAGUUAAAUAAAAAUAAACCAAAAGAGACAACUCACACCUCAACAUUCUGAUAAUAGUAAAUGCUUUGCCCAUUACUUUGAGGUUUUUCUCAUUGACAAACAUUUAAGGAGACAGCGUGAUAAGAUUUAAAUUUACACAAUAUGUACAGUACCAGUCAAAAGUUUGGACACACCUACUCCUUCAAGGGUUUUUCUUUAUUUGUACUCUUUUCUACAUUGUAGAAUAAUAGUGAAGACAUCAAAACUAUGAAAUAACACAAAUGGAAUAACAUAGUCACCAAAAAAGUGUUAAACAAAUCUAAAUAUAUUUUAUAUUUGAGAUUGUUCAAAGUAGCCACCCUUUGCCUUGAUGACAGCUUACACACUCUUGGCAUUCUCUCGACCAUUUUCACCAGGAAUUAUUUUCCAACAGUUUUGAAGGAGUUCCCACAUAUGCUGAGCACUCGUUGGCUGAUUUUCCUUCACUCUGCGGUCCAACUUAUCCUAAACCAUCUCAAUUGGGUUUAGGUCGGGUGAUUGUGGAGGCCAGGUCAUAUGAUGCAGCACUCCACCACUCUCCUUCUUGGUCAAAUAGCCAUUACACAGCCUGGAGGUGUGUUGGGUCAUUGUCCUGUUGAAAAACAAAUGAUAGUCCCACUAAGCGCAAACCAGAUGGGAUGGCGUAUCGCUGCAGAAUGCUGUGGUAGCCAUGCUGGUUAAGUGUGCCUUGAAUUCUAAAUUAAUCACUGACAGUGUCACCAGCAAAGCACCCCCACACCAUCAAACCUCCUCCAUACUUCACAGUGGGAACCAGUCAAAUCAAAUUUUAUUGGGCACAUACAGGUGCGGGUGUAGCGAAAUGCUUGUGCUUCUAGCUCCAACAGUGCAGUAUUAUCUAACAAGUAAUAUCUAACAAAUUACACAACAUAUACCCAAUACACACAAAUCUAAGUAGGAAUGAAAUAAGACUACCGUAAUUGCUGGACAAUUAAGUGCACCUGAAUAUAAACCGCACCCACUGAAUUAUAAAAAAAUAUGUAUUUUGUACAUAAAUAAGCCGCACAUGUCUAUAAGCCUACCGGUACAUUGAAACAAAUGAACUUUACACAGCCUUUAAACGAAACACGGCUUGUAACAAAUUAAACAGUGGCCUACCAAGAAAGUCAUUGGUCACUAUCUCCCUCCUCCUGUGCACUGAAACCACUGAAGCCAUCUCCUUCGGUGUUGGAGUUGAAUAGCCUCAGAAUUGCUUCAUCCGAUGUUGGAUCGUUUUCAUUGUCGCUCUCGUCACUUUCAUCCGGAGGCAAAUACCCCGCUGAGCUCAUGCUGCCCCUUCAACAUGCAGCAGUCCAGCCUUUCGAAACCCGUUGAUGAUAGUGGAUUUUUUGACAAUGCUCCACGCUGUCAGGACCCACUGGCAGACUUGACCAUAAGUUGCUCUUCGCAUGCGGCUCGUUUUAGUGAAGGAUUUCUCCCCACUUGUCAUCCAAGCCUCCCACUGAACAAGGAGCGCCACCUUAAAUGCACGAUUUACACUGAUGUCGAGUGGCUGCAAAUACUUUGGGCCAUCUGCUUUUCUUCCCUCUGAAAGCUGUUGUUGUCUUUUUGCACUGAGUCAGUUCCUCAGGCUGCUUUCCAACGUCUUAUCAUCGACUCAUUAAGGCCAAGCUCCCAUGCAGCAGCUCUAUUUCCUUUUCCAACAGCCAGAUCGAUCGCCUUCAACUUGAAAGCUGCAUCAUAUGCAUUUCUCCGUGUCUUUGCCAUGAUGAGGGUGACAAAAUUACUACCGUAAUCAGAAUGAUGGGAAGUUUGAGCGCGCUCGAUUUACGUCACAUUAUGUGACGGUGCUCAGUUUUUUGGCGGCAUGAAUCUUGUGAAAGCGGGAAAAAUCCAUAAAUUAGCCGCGUCAUUGUAUAAACCGCGAGGUUCAAAGCGUGGGAAUAAAGUAGCGGCUUAUAGUCUGGAAAUUACGGUAUAUACAUAUGGACAAGCGAUGUCAGAGUGGAAUGGACUAAGAUACCGUAGAAUAGUAUAGAAAACAGUACAUACAGUUGAAGUUGGAAGAUUACAUACACUAAGGUUGGAGUCAUAAAAACUUGUUUUUCAAUCACUCCAGGUUGAAGUCAGAAGUUUACAUACACCUUAAUCGGAUGUUUACAUACACGUUUACAUACAUCUUAUUUUAAGAAUGUGAAAUUUCAGAAAAUAGUAGAGAGUGAUUUAUUUCAGCUUUUAUUUCUUUCAUCACAUUCCCAGUGGUUCAGAAGUUUACAUACAGUCAAUUAGUAUUUGGUAGCAUUUCCUUUAAAUGGUUUAACUUGGGUCAAACAUUUCAGUAGCCUUCCACAAGCUUCCCACAAUAAGUUGGGUGAAUUUUGGCCCAUUCCUCCUGACAGAGCUGGUGUAACUGAGUCAGGUUUGUAGGCCUCCUUCCUCACACACGCUUUUUAAGUUCUGCCCACACAUUUUCUAAGUAGGAAUGAAUUAAGAUAGGAUUGAGGUCAGGGCUUCAUGAUGGCCACUCCAAUACCUUGACUUUGUUGUCCUUAUGCCAUUUUGCCACAACUUAGGAAGUAUGCUUGGGGUCAUUGUCCAUUUGGAACACCCAUUUGCGACCAAGCUUUAACUUUCUGACUGAUGUCUGAGAUGUUGCUUCAAUAUAUCCACAUAAUUUCCCCUCCUCAUGAUGCCAUCUAUUUUGUGAAGUGCACCAGUCCCUCCUGUAGCAAAGCACCCCCACAACAUGAUGCUGCCACCCCCGUGCAUCAUGGUUGGGUUGGUGUUCUUUGGCUUGCAAGCCUCCCCCUUUUUGCUCCAAACAUAACGAUAGUCAUUAUGGCCAAACAGUUCUAUUUUUGUUUCAUUAGACCAGAGAACAUUUCUCCAAAAAGUACCAUCUUUGUCCCCAUGUGCAGUUGCAAAACGUAGUCUGGCUUUUUUUAUGGCAGUUUUGGAGCAGUGGCUUCUUCCUUGCUGAGCAGCCUUUUAGGUUAUGUCGAUAUAGGACUCGUUUUACUGUUGAAAUAGAUCAUUUUGUACCUGUUUCCUCCAGCAUCUUCACAAGGUCCUUUGCUAUUGUUCUGGGAUUGAUUUGCACUUAUUGCACCAAAGUACGUUCAUCUCUAGGAGACAGAACGCUUCUUCUUCCUGAGUGGUAUGAUGGAUGCGUGGUCCCAUGGUGUUUAUGCUUGCGUACUAUUGUUUGUACAGAUGAACGUGGUAGCUUCAGUUGUUUGGAAAUUGCUCCCAAAGAUGAACAAGACUUAUGGAGGUCGACAAAAAAAUGUUUAGGUCUUGGCUGACUUGAUUUUCCCAUGAUGUCAAUCAAUGAGGCACUGAAUUUGAAGGUAGGCCUUGAAAUACAUCCACAUGUACACCUCCAAUUGACUCAAAUUAUGUCAAUUAGCAUAUCGGAAGCUUUUUUAGCCAUGACAUCAUUUUCGGGAAUUUUCCACCUUUCACACCUGUACUGACUUUGCCUUCUGGAUGAUAGCGGGGUGAACAGGCAGUGGCUUGGGUGGUUGAUGUCCUUGAUUAUCUUUUUGACCUUCCUGUGACAUAGGUGUCCUGGAGGGUGGGUAGUUUGCACCCAUGUGGAGAUCAUCCGUUCACCUACUUUGCGUCUCACAACGACACAGUGGUUGGAACCAAAAAUCUCAAAUUUGGACUCAUCAGACCAAAGGCCAGAUUUCCACCGGUCUAAUGUCCACUGCUCAUGUUUCUCAGCCCAAGCAAGUCUCUUCUUAUUAUUGGUGUCCUUUAGUAGUGGUUUCUUUGCAGCAAUUCAACCAUUAAGGCCUGAUUCACACAGUCUGAACAGUGAGUGUUGAGAUGUGACUGUUACUUGAACUCUGUGAAUCAUUUAUUUGGGCUGCUAUCUGAGGUGCAGUUAACUCUAAUGAACUUAUCCUCUGCAGCAGAGGUACCUCUGGGUCUUCCUUUCCUGUGGCAGUCCUCAUGAGAGCCAGUUUCAGCAUAGCGCUUGAUGGGUUUUACGACUGCAAAACCUUUGAAGCUCUUGAAAUGUUCCACAUUGACUGACCAUGUCUUAAAGUAACAAUGGACUGUCAUUUCUCUUUGCUUAUUUGAGCGGUUCUUGCCAUAAUAUGGACUUGGUCUUUUACCAAAUAGGGCAUUUUUCUGUAUACCACCCCUAACUUGUCACAACACAACUGAUUGGCUCAAACACAUUAAGAAGGAAAGAUAUUCCACAAAUGUACUUUAAAUAAGGCACACCUGUUAAUUGAAACGCAUUCCACGUGACUACAUCACGAAGCUGGUUGAGAGAAUGCCAUGAAACUGCAAAGCUGACAUCAAGGCAAAGGGUGGCUACUUUGAAGAAUCUCAAAUAUUAUAUUUUGAUUCCAUAUGUGGUAUUUCAUAAUUUUGACGUAUUCACUAUUAUUCUACAAUGUAGAAAAUAGUAUUUAAAAAAACAAACAAAUUAAACCUUUGAAUGAGUAGGUAUGUCCAAACCUUUGAUUGGUAUUGUAUAUACACUUUCUGGCUCUGCAGCUCCAAUUUUACCGUAAAAAUCAGUAUCACAGUUAUCACUGACCUUGUAACCUUGCGUACUGUUCGACAAUGCAAACAACUUUUCCUCUAAAACAUAUUAGUUACACUUGAAUAAUGCAACGAUUCACAAGUAUAUAGACAAUUAAGGGUUUUAUUUAUGUUCGUACACGCAUUAAAUGUAGCUUGAAAGACAAUGACACAGAUAGCAUGUUAGCAUAUCAAACAUGAACAAUUCCCCCUCUCAUUCGAAAAUAAAAGUACAAUUUCAGCACAUUAAAGUUACCUUAGAACAAACCAGGCUUCAUCUUAUCAGUAUCAUGGAAGUCAUUAUAUGAGGUAAAUGCAAAAUUGCGAAUGAAAACGUUUUUCCUGGUGAGUUGAUCAGCUUCUUGCUGCAUGCUUCUUAACUGGAUUGUGACUGAGCAGCCAAAGCAGGAAAACGCAGUUGAGCUUCCCUUUCUUAAAGCGACGGUGACAAUUUCAGAACGUAACCGGCUGUUACUGCAAAUUCAGGUGAAAGCUCAAUCAAACAAGUCUCAAAUAUAAUGAAAAUGUCUUUACAUUUCAGCUGUUUCAAAAACAUUGUUCUGCUAUUAGUAUUUUUAAUGUUGGGCUCAGCGAGACAAUUCUGUUUACACUGCCCUGCUCAGAGGGAGGAAACUGUCGGGCGAGUGUCAUGUGCGAGCUCCGGAGGUAGCAUUCGAGACGUGAGAAAUAAGCAAGUUUACAUUACAGUUAUGUCUCAAGAAUCGAUACCUCUCAAGAAUCUCUCGAGAUGAUCCUUAAAGGGAUAUUUCGGGAUUUUGGCAAUGGCCCCUUAUCUAUUUCCCCAGAGUCAGAUGAAAUCUUGGAUACCUUGUGUAACCAGUAUGAAGGAAGUUAGAGGUAGUUUCGCAAUUCAAUGCUAACUAGCAUUAGCGCAAUGGCUGGAAGUCUAUGGGUAUCUUCUAGCAAUGACUGCAGUCUAUGGGUACCUACCCAUAGACUUCCAGCCAUUGCGUUAACUCUAUGUACUGUAGCAAUUGCUCUAGCGUACGUUAGCAACUUCCUUCAUACUACAUACAAAUGGUAUCCACAAGCUCUGGGGAAGUAGAUCAAAUCACGAAUUAUCCCUUUAAUUCUCAUCAAUGAGAAUAUACCCUUUAACUGUAGCCAUAGGAGUCACAAUCAGAAUACAGGGUCAAUCAUUCAUAUCACAAAUUAUAUGCAUUGCUAAAACUGUCCUUAUUGUAUGUAUGGACACAAUAUCUGCUUUCUCUCCAACGUUUAUGCUGAUUAUUUACUAUUUGGCUUGUUCUGACUUAAACAGUAGGCUAACUGUAAUUACGAUAUGUUCUAAUUUUAUGUUAAUCAAGCAAAGAUCUCAAAUAUCAAUAUUAGAUUUUAUUUACUGAAAUAUUCUAAACAAGUUUGAAUGUUGGGUUACUGGAUUUGUGUAGAGUGUAAACUGAGUAGCCCAUCAAUAUCAUGCAAUGCAAUCUUACCUCUGAAGUGUUUCAUGGGAAUGGACUUGCUUCAAACCACUGCUUCAUUAGUUUAACUAGGAACCUUUGCUUAUUUGCUAACGUUGUCAAAUAAGCAUACAGAAGCAGUGGAUUGAAGCUACCUACUGCCGCACACUGGUUGAAUCAACGUUGUUUCAAUGUAAUUCGUCAACGUAUUGUGACGUGGACUCAACGUGGAAAAUACUUUGGAUUUGAAAGAAGUCACAAACCAGUUGUGUUUUCAUCUAACUUCAACCAGUGUUGUAAACAUUGAAAUUAGGGUAAAACUUCAACCUAAAUACAUUCACUUAACCUGAUUAACAGGUUGUUACACCAAUGAAAUGUCGACAUAAUCAUAAAAGCUAUGUAUACGUUGAAAUUGUGUUGAAAAUGUAAUAGAAAUGUAUUUUAAAAAAUGUCAUCAUAUAUUCAAUAUGCACUGAGUAUACCAAACAUUAGGAACACCUUCCUAAUAUUGACUUGCACUCCCCCAUUUACCCUCAGAACAGCCUCAAUUCGUCGGGGGGUGGACUCAACAAGGUGUCGAAAAUGUUCCACAUGGAUGCUGGCCCAUGUUGAUUCCAAUGCAUCCCACAGUUGUGUCAAGUUGGCUGGAUGUUCUUUGGGUGGUGGACCAUUCUUGAUACACACAGGAAACUGUUGAGUGUGAAAAACGCAGAAGUGUUGCAGUUCUUGACACAAACUGGUGCUCCUGGCACCUUCAAAGGCACUUAAAUAUUUUGUCUUGCCCAUUCACCCUCUGAAUGGCACGCAUGCACAAUCCAUGUCUCAAUUGUCUCAAGGCUUAGAAAUCCUUCUUUAACCUAUAUCCUUCCCUUCAUCUACACAGAUUGAAGUGCAUUUAACAAGUGACAUCAAUAAGGGAUCGUAGCCUACUGGUACAUGAGGAGUAAUGCAUUUCAGUGAGAAAUAAUCUACAUUGCCAGAUGCAUACCUCUUUGGACCCCGCUUAGUUUUGAAACAAUCUGUGGUUGUUUCAGCUGAGCUACCAUGUCGAAACAUUUAGACAUUGAUCAGCUUCCAAAAUCAUUUGCGUAGACUACCUAAAUAACAUUGAAUAUUUGAAAGUAACUCCUCUUCACAAGCAGUAUGUGAAAGUAAAUUCACAGUGAGGUGGGUUUAUGUAGGCUCCAUCUGAUUUGCCCAAAGGACACCAUAAUUUCAAUGUGAAGCUAGGUAUACUAUCAUUCAUCCAUGGUUGAUUGGAUCUUUGGAAGUUUAGAAGUAGUUACCAUUAGCCCUAUAAAUAGAAUGCCAAAUGUAUGAUAUUAAUAAUACACUUUUAAUGUAUUAUGGAUAUUGUUUUGGAUAUUGUUUUGUAUAUGAAGGAUGAUUGGUUGAUUUCAAAUGUAAUCUAGAAGUUAUUAAUAUGAUUGAUUCACAUCUCCAUGUCAACCAAUCUAAGUUGAAAAAUACUCAACUUUAUUUGAAGUGCAUUUAAAGUUUGAUUUGAUUUAGUGCUAUCAUUUUACUCCGAUUUUUGGUUUACAUGGAGAUGUGAAUCCAACAUAUUAAUAAGUAAUUUGAAGAUAAACUGGAUAUUGAAUUAUUAUUAUAUAUUAUGAACACAACCAAAUAUCAAUUAUCAACAUUUGAAGGAGCACUUGCACACCCUGAACCAACACUUGCACUUGACUCUCCCCCCUCCCCCUUUCUAUAUCUGAUUUUGCUGAUAGCUACUUUAUUGAGGAAAAGUGUACUUACUAUUCCUGUGAUACUGUAUGUGGUUGUCCCACUUAGCUAUCUUAAAAUGAAUGCACUAAUUGCUCUGGAUAAGAGCAUCUGCUAAAUUACUCAAAUGUAAAACAUUUAUAUAUUAUGAAUAACGUAUAUAAAACACAAUAUCCAAAGGUAAAAAUGUAUUAUUAAUAUAUAUUUAUUUAUUUAUUUAACUAGGCAAGUCAGUUAAAUUCUUAUUUACAAUGACAGCCUACCCCAGCCAACUGUGCACCGCCCUAUGGGACUCCCAAUCCCAACCAGAUGUGAUACAGCCUGGAUUUGAGCCAGGGACUGUAGUGAUGACUCUUGCACUGAGAUGCAGUGCCUUAGACCACUGCGCCACUUGGGAAUUUCAUGAAUUUGGCAUGCUAUGUAUAGGGUUAAUGGUAACUACUUCUAAACUUCCAAAGAUGCAAUCAACCUUGGACGAAUGAUAGAAUACCUAGCUUCAAGUUGAAAUUAUGGUGUCCUUUGGGCAAAUCAAAUGUUAAUGUAGCCUACGUAAACCCUACCUCACUCCAAAUUUACUUUCACAAUCAGCUUGUGUGAGAAAAGUUAGAGGAAUUAUUUAGUUAUUUGGGCCUUGGUUGUCUACACAAAUUAGUAUGGAAUCAAUGUGUAACUGUCUUGACAUAAUAGCUCAGCUGAAUCGAACACAUCUUGUUUCUGAAGCUAAGCAGAGUACAUAGUGUUAGGUAUCUUGUUCUCACUGAAUUGCAUUACCCUUUAUAUAACAGUAGGAGUCAAUGUUCAGGCAGGACUUGUUGGACGGCAGCUUCACAUUUUAUUUCAAUAUACCUCUUUAUUUAAGUCGAUAGCAUCACGUUGAAACAAUGACGUUGAUUCCAACAUACCAUUUUACCAUUCAGUUCAAAUAAAAUGUCUAAUCAAAUAUGAAAUUCAACAAAAUGUUUUAUGUUUUCAACGUAAUUUUAACAUUUACAUAGUUCUGAUGAUUAUGUUGAAAUUAGAUUGAUGUAACAACCUGUUAGUCAGGUUAAGUCAAUGUAUUUAAGUUGAAGUUUUACCCUAAUUUCAAUGUUUAAGUUAAGACGCUGGUUGAAAUUAGAUGAAAACAGUACUGGAUGAUGACAUUCUUCAAAUGAAUUUUCACGUCACAAUACGAAUUACAUUGAUUCAACCAGUUUGUGCCCAGUGGGUAGUCUCUCUUCCAAAAAAACAUUAAGAUGUAAGACAAAAGAUUAAGCAAGGCUGAGAUAGUGGUGAAAUAUUGCUUUAAGGCAUUUAUUAGGUCUAGUUAAUGAAGCACAUUCUUCUGUACCGUUCUUUGAUGAUUCAACACCACCAAGCACUACUUUCUAAUAUUAUGGAGAACUUAACUUUCCCUCCCGAAAUUGAUUUUACAGCCCAAUAAAAGGACUAGGAGCAUUUUAAUCUAAGUCAAGUUACAAUGUAAAUCACAUUUUCAUGGCGCUUAAACUUCCAGAUAUAUAUUAUAUUAUGCUAAGUAAAAUACAUAAGCUUAAUGUUUUAUUCAUCUGGACAGCACUAGAUGAUGUCUGAGAGAUGUGAAUGUACUGUAAUAAGGUCUGGUUGGUUUAACAUACAUACCUCAUUUUGGAUGUAUUAAGAAAGAAGGCUCUAUAUACCAUGUAUUCAUUCAGCUUUCUGUAGUAAAUAUAGCAAAAACUUGCUGAAAUAAGAUACUGAAAUAAAAUACUUGAAUUGGCCUUUUUACUUGUUAAUUUGCUUCAUAUAUUUUAACUUGUUGAAGUACAUCAAGUACAUUUUUUUCCCCCAA